AAAUAUAGCAACAGAAUUAUCCAAUGAUAGAAGAACCUCGUAAAUUUUGCAGUGUGGCAUGCUAAUUUGGUGCAUUUCAACCUUGAGUUCCUUUUUUUUCUUAAUUUCAAACAUGCAACGUGAUAAUCUUAUAAAGAAGCUCCUCCUGACACAUGAUCCAGAUGGUCGUAGGUUGGAUUCUGAGGCAAUUCUUCUUGCUGUGGGCAACAUUAUGUUUCAUUCUUCCAAAAUAAUAGUGACUUCUAAUUUAUAUUCUGCUGCCUUUCAGAAGAAUGACAUAACUGAAAUUGAAACGAUUGGUUGUAGUGAAUCGGUAGGAUUCAUCAUUACAAAAAUAUGCAAGAUACUCUGCAGAUGCUCUGGUGAAGGUGAUAUUAACUCAAGGGUCAUAAAUCUGUUUGAUUUGAUAGGAAAGUAUAGCUGGGAUGCAAAAGUAGUUCUAGUGCUUGCUGCUUUUGCUGUAAGAUAUGGUGAAUUUUGGCAACUUAUGCAGCUACAUCGUGGUAACAGUUUGGCAGCUUUAAUUUCAAGUAUUAAGCAGCUUCCCUGCAACUUAAAGCCACUGAAGCUACAAAUCAAGGCAUUGAGCUUGUUGGUUGAGACCAUGAUGGAUGUGGCUAUGUGUAUAAUUAAGUUUGAAUACUUACCUCUUCAACAUGUUGAGCACGGAAAUCAUAUAUUCCGAGUCACAAAGUCUCAAAUAUACGAGGCUGCAUACUGGAUCGCCAGAAGCUGUUUAGCAUGUUUUUCCCAAGUCAAGGACUUCACAAUCAAGCCACAUGAGCAAGUGUACUCAGAUUCAGCAAUAAUUGCUGCUUGGGAGCUUUCGAGUUUGGCGUAUAGAUUAAGUGGUACAUGCUGCAAUCUUAGAAGACAGGUGGAUCUGUGUUACGAAGAAAUAGAGAGAAACUUGUAUCAGAGGCUGUUGGAUCUUGCUCGUGAGGAUCACAUUGAUAAUCAGAAGAUUCUCACUUUAUUUUUUCCUUCAAAUAAUUACUUGCCACUGAAGGAUUGCUCCACAGAAACAAAGUUAAGUGUGUCUGAGCUGAAAAACAAGUUAGUUCUGUUGUUGAUCACAAAACCACAGUUACUCAGCCCUGUAGAUCUAUUCUUACUUGUCCAGCAAACAUGCGAUCAUCCUCUGAACGAGAGGCUGAAGGAGAGUUAUAAGAUUGUGUGGAUUCCCCUUCCAUCUUCUGAUUCAUGGACUGAAGCUGAAGAAAGUAGUUUUAAUUUUCUGUCAGAUUCCUUGCCUUGGCAUGCUGUUCGGAAACCAAGGUUACUUAGCCCAGCAGUGAUCAAGUACAUAAGGGAAAGAUGGAACUACAAGGAUGAGCCCAUCAUGGUGGCUCUAGAUUCAAGAGGGAAGGUCACGAAUUACAAUGCUCUUGAUAUGAUCAACAUUUGGGGAGCCAAAGCUUACCCUUUUUCAGCUUCCAAAGAGGAAGAUCUGUGGCAAGACCAGAAUUUGACCAUGCAACUUUUGCUGGAUGAGAUCAAUCCUCUCCUUGCUUAUUGGGUUGAGCAAGGCAAAAGUAUUUGCCUUUAUGGGAGUGAAAACUUGGUUUGGAUCCAACAAUUCAAUGAUAAGAUAAAUGAGCUCAAACGAGCAGGUCUGCAGCUGGAAACAAUAUAUGUUGGUAAUAGUCAAUUGGGUGAACAUGUUAAGCAAAUAAUGGCAAGAAGUGGUGAAACUAGUCGCAGUGAUCCACUUUCCUUCACAAACGUGCAAUUCUUCUGGCUUCGGUUGGCGAGUAUGAGAAGAUCUAAACUCAGACUAGGGAAGACACAAAGUGGUGAUUCUGUACUAGCAGAGUUGUCAGCUUUGCUUGAAAUGGAUGAUAGGGAAGAAGGUUGGGCAGUGAUUGGAAGUGGGGGUUCAACAGAUAUUAUCAGGCUUCAAGGGAUGCAGGUGAUGGAAUUCUUAAGGAAAUGUUCUGUGUGGAGAGAAAAUAUAACCAAGUUUGGAUUGUGGGGUGCUCCAAGAAACAUCCUAGAAACUGAUUUUGUUGAAGGGAGUUGCACUCACUCUUACUUUGUUCCCUCAAGAGAAAAUGAAAGACCAAGUCAAGGAACUGUAAUUUGUCAAGUGUGCAAGCGUCCCAUGAAGAAGUUCGUGGUGUACAAGCCAUGAAUGAGACACACACAAUAGGUAAAUUGAACUGUCUAUUGUUGUGCAUGACUAAGCAAGAACAGAUAUAGGGAAGAAAAACCAACUCAAUUUGAUUUUUUCUGAAUCGAUUUUGUCUCUAGUUUAAUGUAAUAGUUGAGUGCUUUAAUUUUUUGAAGUGGUAUGAAUGUCAAGUCUUAACGACAGAGACAAAUUACAUUUUCGCAUUUCAUAUGUUUUUGUUUGUACUUCUGUUUGGUGAAGACUAUAACACAAUGAUACAUCUAUAUAGUCUUUGGAAUUCAUGCCAAGAAU